AUGAAUGCAGUGACCUAUAAUGAUUUGCAUGUUAACAUCACUCAGGAAGAGUGGGCAUUGAUGGAUCCUUCACAGAAGAAUCUCUACAAAGAUGUGAUGCUGGAGACCUAUAUGAACCUCAUUACUAUAGGCUACAAUUGGGAAGAUCUUAAAGUUGAAGAAUAUUGUCAAAGUUCUCAAAAAUAUGGAAGUCAUAAAAGAAGUCAUACUACAGAGAAAUCACAUGAAUAUACUGAGUGUGGUAAAGCCUUUGAAUGUCAUAGUCAUCCUCAAAGGCAUGAACAAACACAUACUGGAGAGAAAUCCUAUGAAUAUAAUCAAUGUGGUAAAACCUUUGCACAACAGAGUCAUCUUCACAGGCAUGAAACUACACAUAUAUUUAAAAAAACUUAUGGAUGUAAUCAAAGUGGCAAAGCCAUUACUCAUUGGAAAAUUCUACAAUUAGAUAGAAGAACACAUUCUGGAGAGAAACCCUAUGAAUGUAAUCAAUGUGGUAAAGCCUUUACAAAGCCCAGUCAUCUUCAAGUACAUAAAAGAACACAUACUGGAGAGAAACCCUAUGAAUGUAAUCAGUGUGGUAAAGCCUUUGCUCAUCACAAUGCUCUUCGAUUACAUGAAAGAACACAUACUGGAGAGAAACCCUAUGAAUGUAAUCAGUGUGGUAAAGUCUUUGCACAUCCCAGUCAUCUUCAAGUACAUAAAAGAACACAUACUGGAGAGAAACCCUAUGAAUGUAAUCAGUGUGGUAAAGUCUUUGCUCAAAACAGUACUCUUCAAAUGCAUGAAAGGACACAUACUGGAGAGAAACCCUAUGAAUGUAAUCAUUGUGGUAAAGCCUUUGCUCAACACAGUGCUCUUCGAUUACAUGAAAGAACACAUACUGGAGAGAAACCCUAUGAAUGUAAACAAUGUGGUAAAACCUUUGCACAGUCUAAUCAUCUUCAAGUACAUAAAAGAACACAUACUGGAGAGAAACCCUAUGAAUGUAAUCAGUGUGGUAAAGUCUUUGCACAUCCCAGUUCUCUUCAAGUACAUAAAAGAACACAUACUGGAGAGAAACCCUAUGAAUGUAAACAAUGUGGUAAAACCUUUGCACAGCCCAAUCACCUUCAAGUACAUAAAAGAACACAUACUGGAGAGAAACCCUAUGAAUGUAUUCAUUGUGGUAAAGCCUUUGCUCAACAUAGUGCUCUUCGAUUACACGAAAGAGCACAUACUGGACAGAAACCCUAG